GCUUUGUACCAUUUUAUGUAUGACCCUUCAGCACUGGCCCUGUCCUCUUUCUUUUCCUCGACUGGACCGAGCGUAGACAUGUCUCAUCGCAAAUUCCACGCACCCCGCCAUGGACACUUGGGCUUCCUGCCCCACAAGCGUAGCAAGAUGCAUCGGGGCAGUGUGCGUACGUGGCCCAAAGAUGACCCCAGCCAACCUGUCCACCUCACUGCCUUCCUGGGUUACAAGGCUGGCAUGACCCACACGUUGAGGGUUGUGCACCGCAUUGGCCUCAAGCAAUCAAAGCGAGAGCAAGUGGAGGCGGUUACCAUCAUUGACACUCCUCCUAUCCUUGUAGUGGGACUAGUGGGAUACAUUCAGACUGUCCGUGGCUUGCGUUCCUUCAAAACCAUCUUUGCUGAGCAUCUCAGUGAUGAGUGCAGGCGCAGAUUUUAUAAAAACUGGUCCAAGAGCAAGAAGAAGGCCUUCACCAAGUACAGUAGGAAGUGGCAGGAUGAGACAGGAAAGAAACAGCUGGACAAGGAUUUCAAUCACAUGAAGAAAUACUGUUCAGUAAUCAGGGUUUUAAUUCACACUCAGAUGCGAUUGCUGCCCAUAAAGCAGAAAAAGGCCCACUUGGCGGAGGUGCAGCUCAACGGGGGAAGCAUCGCUGACAAGGUGGACUGGGCUAAGGAGCACCUGGAGCAAGCCGUGCCCGUCUCUAACGUCUUCUCCCAGGACGAGAUGAUCGACGUCAUUGGAAUCACCAAGGGUCACGGCUUCAAAGGUGUGACAAACCGCUGGGGCACAAAGAAGCUUCCCAGGAAGACUCACAAGGGUCUGAGGAAGGUGGCCUGUAUUGGAGCCUGGCAUCCGGCCCGUGUGUCCUACACUAUAGCUCGUGCAGGUCAGAAGGGCUAUAACCACCGGACUGAGGUCAACAAGAAGAUCUACCGUAUUGGGAAGGCAUUGCAAAUCCGGGAUGGAAAGGUGAUCCAGAACAACGCUUCCACGAUCUACGACACCACCCAGAAGUCCAUCACGCCCAUGGGAGGCUUCCCCCACUAUGGUGAAGUGAAGAAUGACUUCGUCAUGGUGAAGGGCUGCGUCGUCGGCACCAAGAAACGCGUCCUCACCCUCAGAAAGUCUUUGCUUGUGCACACAUCUCGCAAGUCCCUGGAGACCAUCGAGCUCAAGUUCAUUGACACCACAUCAAAAUUCGGCAAUGGCCGCUUCCAGACUGCCCAGGAGAAGAAGGCAUUCAUGGGGCCGCUGAAGAAAGACGCCCUGAAAACACUGACGGCGCCUCUGACCGCGGACGCCUGAAAGAAAUUCUCAAUUCUCCUACAGUAAUAAAAUUCAGAAAAACAACA